GCCGGUCUGCGAGUCUACAACAGCCUGACACGGAGCAAAGAGCCGCUGAUGCUCGCUGAGCCGACUACCGCGUCCUGGUACAGUUGUGGGCCUACUGUAUAUGACCAAUCUCAUCUUGGCCAUGCAAGAUAACAGGAAUGGCAAGGGGAGGAAACAAAAUCCACACAACCAUGUUCAGACUACCUUGGGAAAAGCUGGGAAAUUGCCAGAUUCGAAGUGCGAGCAAGAGGCCAUGGCUGCACAUGUGCCAUGAUGAGGGGAAUUGGCCAUUCUACACAAAACGUUGUCCCGACUCAGGAAUGUGUCAAGUUCUUCAGUAAAGGACUCUCCUAUGUUAGAUUUGACAUCCUAAGAAGAAUACUAACCAAGGUCUUUGACAUUGAUGUCAUUAUGCUGAUGGUUAUCACAGAUAUUGAUGACAAAAUAAUUCAAAGAGCCAAUGAGUUGAAUAUUUCACCUACAGUACUUGCUCGCAUGUAUGAAGAGGAUUUCAAACAAGAUAUGGCGUGCUUAAAGGUUCUCCCACCGACGGUUUACAUGCGAGUGACCGAUAAUAUUCCCCAGAUUGUGAAAUUUAUAGAAAGAAUCAUUCACAAUGGCCAUGCCUAUUCCACCUCGACAGGAAAUGUAUAUUUCAAUAUCCAGUCUAUUGGUGGUCAGUACGGGAAGUUCGUUGGGAUGUGUGCUGAUACUGCUGGAGAAACAAGUGGUGGUGAUAAAAGACAUGUCAGAGACUUUGCCCUGUGGAAAGCAUCAAAACCACAUGAGCCAUCUUGGGUGUCCCCAUGGGGUAAGGGCCGACCCGGCUGGCACAUCGAGUGUUCGACAGUUGCAAGCUCUGUGUUUGGAAAUAAACUGGACAUCCAUUCGGGUGGAAUAGACCUGGCCUUUCCCCAUCACGAGAAUGAGAUUGCUCAAUGUGAGGCCUACCACAAGUGUGAACAAUGGGGCAACUACUUUUUACACUCAGGGCAUUUGCGUUUGAAAGGAAGUGAAGCAAAGAUGUCGAAAUCUUUGAAAAAUUACAUCACAAUUAAGAGUUUCUUGGAAAAAUUCUCUGCAAAUCAUUUUCGAAUGUUUUGUCUUCUAUCAAAAUACAGAUCAGCAGUGGAAUACAGUGAUACGAGCAUGACAGAGGCUGGAAACCUUCUCCAUUCCAUUUCAGCUUUUAUCAAUGACGCGUCUGCUUACAUGAAAGGACAGUUGAUCUGCCCAUCGGUCGAUGAAACUUUGUUGUGGGAAAGGUUAAAUGCAGCUAAAGUCAAUGUGCAGGCUGCCUUCGCUGAUGAUUUUGACACCCCAGGGGCUACUGAUUCAAUUAUGAACCUCAUUCACCAUGGCAACAGACAGCUUCAAGCAGUUACCAAGGAGGGCGACUACCCCAGGAGUCCUGCUGUGUUUGGGGCAAUAAUCUCUUAUAUAGAGCGAUUCUUGGAUGUUGUUGGUAUUUCUCUUGGAGAAAGUCAGGUACGGGCAGUAGACCAAUCUUCAGCCACCCUUCGCAGUGUCGCUGAGCAGCUGGUUGGUUUUCGACAGGAAGUAAGGAAGUUUGCCCUGGCAGUGGAUGACCAGGAGCUGGCAAUGAGUGAAGGCAGAGAGCUGUCCAAGGAAGAGAAACAGCAGGUGAAGGAGAGGCAUAGGCAGCUGCUGAGUGAGCGGCAACCUCUCCUCCAGACCUGUGACUCGCUGCGGCAGAAUCUCAGUGCUAUAGGAAUAAAUAUAAAGGAUCGAGGGGCAACUUCAUCGUGGGAGCUGACAGAACAUCUUACCAAGGAAAACAAAAGUGAAGCCUGAUCAUUUACUUCAGCCUCAUAGACACCAAUAUUGGGGUGCCAGGCAACCUAUUGAUAGUCAUGGAGACGUACAUUUUAUCUUUGGGUUAAAUUGUUCAUUGGUAUUAUCACAAAUUGGAAGGCUCCAGUGUUAGCUACAGUGGUAAUACUGGACUGAGAGUCAGAGGGGUCAGAUUCAGAGUUCUCGUCCCAGGCUGGACUGGCACAGCUGACCUGUGCUUAACUUUGCCGAGGCUGGCCAGACUGUUAGUGACUUGCAGUGUCUCCAUGCUGCCUUUCCUGUGGAUCAGGUAUGUUAAUGUCAGUUUCCAGCAGGGAGCUUGUUAAUCACAGUUACACCAAGUAGUGGUGAGAAAAACUGAUGGAAGCCAUUCAAGCCAAAGGAUGAAUCAUGAUCACCGAAGGCAAGUUAAAAAUCAUAGUGGAUUGUAGUUAGCUAAUUCAUACCAUGUUCAUUGAUCAUGCUGUGUUUCUGUCUCAUACAUAAAUUAUUUUAAAAA